AUGGCCGCCUUCAAAUCGAUCAAAUCCCUCGUCCCCCUCCUGGACCGCGUCCUCGUCCAGCGCGCCAAGGCCGAAACCAAAACCGCCACCGGCAUCUUCCUGCCGGAGAGCUCCGUCAAGGAGCUGAACGAGGCGAAGGUCCUCGCCGUGGGACCGGGAGGGUUGGACCGCGAUGGAAAGCGGACGCCUAUGUCGGUGCAGACCGGUGACCGGGUGCUGAUUCCUCAGUAUGGAGGCAGCCCGAUCAAAGUUGGCGAAGACGAGUUCUCCCUGUUCCGCGAUCAUGAGCUGUUGGCGAAGAUCAAAGAGUAA